GGUACGGAAGCCUGAGACGGCCAUGAGCAACAAUGGGUGAUAAUUUGUACGGAAAUAUGAAGUGAAUGGCUGUUUAAAUGGCCAAUAGGGGUAGGAGAGUAGGGAUUAUCUCGUAAAGAGCAACAUCUUAUAAAAGUGUAGUUUAACAGCCCAUUUUUUUUAUGGUUACUGUUAAAAUACUUUAAGAGAAAUUGGUUUGCAUUGCUUGUAAUAUCACGUUCGCGUCUGGGGCUCGGCUAUUAUGGCGAGAGGGAAAAAGAAAACCCCGAACCACGGUAAAAGCAAAACUGAGGACAUUGCCCACACCACGGAGCAGCUAAAAGGAAAAAAAGAAAACAAACCCGAAAUGAACGGGGAUAUAUUUUAUAACGGUCAGUCCUCAAUACGUCCUUUCUUGAGCCCCAGCAAGCCACGUUCUCCACUUCAUGAUGAAAACUCGAUCGCACAUAUACACGACGGAAAAAGCCCCGGCAAACGUACUGUACAGCAGGGAUCCACUAAGAAGGAGGAGGAGAAGCAGAAUGGUAUAAAUCCUGAAGUAAGCAUCACUAAAUCUGAAGAGUCGGAGGCAAAGAGGCUUGAAUCUUCGGGGACUGAAAGCCUCCCGAAAUACCUCGAGCUUGAAGCUGCUCGUCUACACUCCUCUGCAGACAUGACUCCAGAAAACAAUGGUGCCGACAGAUCCUCUCCAAAAACGGAAACACGGCGCAAGGUUAAAGUAAAAUCACACCGAACAGCGGACAGCAAAAAUUCCCAAAACAGAAAAGUCACAGAUUAUUUCCCCAUACGAAGAAGUUCCAGGAAAAGCAAAACUGAGUUAAAGUGUGAGGAAAAGAAGCAGAUUGAUGAAUUAAUAAAGAGUGGAAUAGAAGAAGGAAUGAAGGUUCAGCACAUUGAAGGAAAAGGCAGGGGAGUGUUUGCUACCACGUGUUUCCGGAAAGGGCAGUUUGUGGUGGAGUACCACGGAGAUCUUCUGCAGAUGACGGACGCGAAGAAAAGAGAGGCUGAAUACGCACAAGACCCUUCAACUGGCUGCUACAUGUACUACUUCCAGUAUCUCAGUAAAACCUACUGUGUGGACGCCACGAAAGAGACCAGUCGAUUUGGAAGACUGAUAAACCACAGUAAAAACGGAAACUGUCAGACCAAACUCCACGAUAUCAACGGAAUACCUCACCUCAUCCUCGUGGCCUCCAGGGACAUCGACGAAGGGGAGGAGCUGCUGUACGACUACGGCGAUCGGAGCAAAGCUUCGAUUGCAGCUCACCCUUGGCUGAAGCAUUGAUGUAGCUUUUUUUUUCUGUCUGCAGCUCCUGUACUCGAUGAAGGGAAUACGCGAACGGUUUUACUUUAAAGGAAAAAUAGAGAACAUUUUAAACCUUAAAAAAAUGUUUUGCCUUAGCAGCUGAGAAUGUGUGUGUAUGGGUUCUGCCAGGUGGGAUGCUUAAAAUAUGAAAAGGCAAUCUUUUAAGUGUCCUAGAUCAAUACUUUUUAUAUAUAUAAUGUGUGUGGUAAUGCUAGAUUUAAAAGCAUUUUGUAUAUUUUGGCCAGUGCUUCCAAAGCAUGCAGGUGUAGAACAGGACUUAAUGCAUUUUUAUACAAAAAUUCGUAUUCUAUAUUCUGGUCGCUUGCAGAUUAGAAUGGCAUAUGUUUAGCAAUAAUAUUAUUUAUGGUACCUGAAAGUUUCAGGUUGUUGCACAAAGCUAAGGUAUGCGUAUACGUGAUCUGACAACUGGAAUCAAUUUCCUGUCGUUAAACUCUGUUUAUUUUUAAGUUUUUUUUUUUUGGCCAAGCUGAGUGUAGAUAUUUUAUGAACUUGAGCAAAUUGUGUACCUCUAACACUGAAAGCUAUUAAAUGUCCACAACCAAAUGCUUUGUGUUAAAAGUAUUUAAAUAAAAUCUGUACGCUGGCUUAA